CCUGCUGUUUGAGAAUCGGAACGUGUUUGGGUAUUUGACUGCGUGAUUGUUUAGUUUUGAAUUGCUUGUCUUUUUAAUGACUUUCCCGAUAAUUACACAAAAUAAAUAAAUAACUGAAGAAAGACUUACUUUUUUCGCAGAUGAUAAAGUCUCAGUAAACAUACCAGUUUCAACUUCACGGUUGAGAUGAGUGUCAAGAAUUCUGAGAUGUGAUAAACAAGAACUGAGAAAGCAACAAAACAAAUGUAAAGCUUCAGCACAACAAAAUGAAUGACAGGGCAGUUUUAGAGCAGAUCUACAAAAGCCUGCACUCUGGCACCCCGAUCGAUAUGGGAAGUCAUGAUUUAGCAUCUCGGAUAUGUCCUGGGGGUGUGGAACAGCAUCUUAAGACUUUUGAAAAUACGAAUGUCUGUCGCAGCACCGAGUCCAGUGACAGUUGUGAGCCUCCACUUUCACGGCUUCAAGGAGGACUUGACUGCUCGAUGACUCACCAGCAUCAGGAAACUCGACAGAAUGAAAAACUGUGGCUUCAGCUAAGCCUGAUUGAGAUGUUAAGCUCCACUGUGGGAUCGAACAUCACAGAAAAGACCUGUCGGGAAGGGGGUACAGAAGUGCUGAGGAUAUUACUGACAGAAAUGAAUCUUAUGGCAAAACUUACUUCUAUGUUUGAAGAUCAUGAAAAGUUGUCGUCCCACUUGUCAAUGAAGUGUGCAUCAUCAGUUGUGCUUUAUGAAAUUUAUACUAAUAAUGUAUUUGAUGAUGUCUGGAUCCAAAUGUGCAUGGAAACAAUGAAAACGGGAGUUUGUAGUAAGGCGUUGUAUGGAUGUUUAUGGUCUUUGACGGCUGUGAUAAAAGGAAUUCUUAAAGGAAGAUUUGGUGAUAAAAGAAGCAUCUUGAAGGAUCUUUUCAUUACAUUCGACCCUGUGUUUAAUAGUCUAUAUUACACCAUCUUGUCUCGGUGCCACAGAGAUACCAGUGUGAACUCUGUAUGCUUGAUCUCCUUUUUCAGUUUACUCGAAGCAAUGGCCGCCACUGCAUUGCACUUCAGUCUGUUGGAAACCAGUCCGAGGCUUCUAUUUCUGCAGGCGCCAGCAGUACUACAAAUCAUUGAUUCACCAGUCCAGUAUUUAGUGAAAAAGACAAUGUUGCUCUUAGUUAAGAAGUGCCUGCUUCGGAAAGCAGGGGAAGAUUUCAUGAACUUUGAAGUAAAACCUUUACUUGGUACAACCGAUGAUCUGAACAAUAAUCUGUAUACGAUGGCAGAUGCCAUACUGCAGUCUUUAAAUUCAGGCUGGCUUCAGCAAGUCCCCAUCUGUUCACACCCUUGCUACUUUGGAGGGUCAGAUGUUCUGGGGAAAAAUGCAAUGGAAGGCAAGCCGGAUCUGAUCAUGUUAAGAACUGUGAGUCUGAUUAUUUUAAAAUCAAUGGCGUACAAGACCAGUAAGCCUUCUGAAACAGUGGAUACAGCUGAUUCGUGUCAACAUCUGAGUCAUCUCCUAAAGUUUGUGAAGAAGCACCUUCCUCCUCAACAGCUUCACCACAGCUGUGCCUGGGUAUCGGUGGUAUUUAUGGAGCAGGAUGAUGAUAUGAUAGAAGCGGCCAAUUCUUUAUUGGCCAUAUAUUUACAUUUUAGAAGAGUAAACGACAGUCACCCUAAUCAUGAUUAUGGCUGCAACCCACACUGCCUCUUUGUCCUUUUCCUGAGGGCCGUCUCGUUUGAUCACGCUGUUCUCCUCGACUUCUUGAUUUCCGCCGAGACGUGCUUUUUGGAGUACUUCAUCAUGUAUUUAAAGCUACUCCAAGGAGAAUGUCAAGAAUUUUAUAACACUUGUAGUUUCUGUGAUAACGUACCAUGUGAGAAAUACAGUAACACUUUGCCUUUGAUUUCUUGUCAUGAUAAGAAAGCAGCUUCGAGUCCUAUUAACUUGGGAUUCCAGCUUAAGCGACCGCAGCAGCAUGAAACAGCAUUUCCUUUAAACCAAAGCUUCUCUGGAGCGAAAUCUUUUGAACAUCUAAGUCCUAAGAAAUCUAGCAGUCAUGAAUAUCCAAGUUGUGAAAAUAUAAAACCCUUGACUGGUUCUCUGGUUGACUAUGAAAGCUCCGAUGAGUCUGAUUUAGAUUUUGAGUGUUUAGCGAGCGCUGAACGACACAAUCAAGGAAACGACAACAAGACAACAUGUCAGCUAGUGGAAGAAUCUGGUCAAAGGGAAUGUCUGCCCUCCUCCUCGAGUGAGGUGAAAAUGUCUCAUAGUUGUGCAAAUCAGAAAAAUACUUUCUGCAAAUCCGUCCGGUGUCUAGUAGAGCUCAGAGAAGCUAUACUAAGACUACAGAGAAAAAAUCUCUUUCCCUAUAACCCAAGUGCACUCCUAAAACUGCUGUUGCAAAUUGAGACACUAACUGGCCUAAUUCAGAGUAAGAGUGAAUCGUAAAUUGCACAGGGUGGUACCUAAGAUAUUCAACAGGUAACGGAUAUUAAGGAAUGUAAAAGUUGUUCUACUCUCUGCACUUUUUCCAAUUGAAACAUUCUUGGAGUGACUCUGUUCCAUUAAUAUUAUGGAAGUAAAUUGUCUUUGCAGGGACCUUUUGAGUGCUGGUUUAGAGGCCACAUAGGAGUAAAGUCCUGCAGUCGCAGCCCUGCAAGUAACCUUUUUACUUGAAACGGUUCGGUUCAUGUGUGACCCACUUCAGUUGGACUGUUCUCCAUUCAUUCAGCUUUAGCCAAGCAUUGGAGCUGGAACAUUGGGUACAUAGAAGUAAAGGUAGUUUGUUUUUCUGUUUUUAUUCAUUUAUUUUGUGGAUGUAAAGAGAUUUGGCAGUGCUUACUAUAAAGCUGCUUCCCAUGUAUAGGUCUGGUUUCAUGUACUUAUCCAGGUAGUGUUUUGCACAUUCUCCAUGUAUUUGCGUGGAUUGUCUCAUGCUGCUAAAGUUCUAUCUCCUAUUCCGAAAAUUUGUAUAGUAUUUUGACAGGUAAGUCAGAACUACCAGGCCCACAAUUCAAAGCAGGUCUCCUGGAACUACGAGGCAGGAACCCCAGCAACAGCACUACUGGUGUCUUUAUAACUGUUAGGCUUAUAGUAAAAUAUAAAAGUAAAAUAUAUUGUUCACCUGAAUGGAUGAACAUGCAGUCCCCUCCACAAGUAUUAACACACUUGGGAAAGAUGAGUAUAAAGGUUUAUAUAAAAAAAAAAAAAAGUAAAAUCAUCACCUUUUCAUAAAUUACUUUAAUCUUACACUGAAAACAAUGAGAUAAAUUCAACCUUUAACCCCUUGUUGCUUAAAUUUAUUUACAGUUAUAUAAAAAAUGAAAUUUGUUUUUUUGCUGUCAAGCAGAUGAUAAAUUAAGGGGCGCUUGUUCAUUUGAAUAGAGCACACUAGCAAACGGUAAGCUGGCACAUAUUUUUAUCUUAGCACAACUUUCCUCAAAUUUGAACAAUUUCUAGAAAUUAGCAGCCAAAAUCCACGUGCACGGCCACACCAACACUUCACUUCCAUCAGGUGGAUGUAGUUUCCACUAUGACUGCUAGAUUGGGUGACCAGUGCUUCUAAUACCAUCCUUGGUACGUGUCGAAUACACAUCGACUGGCAUUGGCGGGAUACAUACGUCACCUUGGCUGCAUUCAGGCUGGAAGCGGUUUGAAGCGAUUUUCCGACAAUCAUCUAUAAGGGGUUAACUAAAGUUAUUUUGAGUAAAAAAUAAUUCCUCAUUAGAUUCCCCCAAAAAAAUCCUACAUACCCUGCUUAUUGAAACCCCUCCAUUUGCCAAAAAAAUUACCUUCUAUAACGACUCAUCCAGUUGGUGAGUAUUGAGCC